CCUCUUCAAAAAAGAAACCCACAUUUUUUCUUUGAAAGAUGGGUUUCAAAUUCAUCUCUCUGUUCCUUCUUCUUCUUCCACUUCUCACAAUCACAAUCUUGUCCAGAGCCGACCAGGCCCUGGCUUCCGACAAGAAACUACAUGAGAGGCAUCGUCGCAACAGAACCGUGUUGGCUGGCGCCGGAAGAGUAAAAAUAGCGGCGUUGAAAGGUAGGAAGCAAACGAGUGAGUGUAACUUGUUCCAAGGGAGGUGGGUUUUUGAUGCUUCUUACCCUUUCUACGAUUCCUCCACUUGUCCAUUCAUAGACGGCGAGUUUGAUUGUCUCAAAUUUGGUCGACCAGACAGACAGUUCCUCAAGUACUCUUGGCAGCCUGAUUCAUGCACCAUCCCAAGAUUCGAUGGACAAGCGUUUCUGAAUAAAUGGAGAGGGAAACGAGUUAUGUUCGUGGGAGACUCACUGAGUCAAAACAUGUGGGAAUCAUUAGGAUGCAUGAUACAUGCAUCGGUACCAUACACCAAGACCACUUUCAUCAAGCGUACCCCAGUCUCCUCUAUGAUUUUCCAGGAAUAUGGAGUUACAAUAUACCUAUACCGAACACCAUACCUAGUGGAUAUCACCAAAGAAGGUGUAGGGCGUGUGCUUAACCUUGGAACUAUCGAAGGUGGUGCUGAUGUUUGGAAAGACAUGGACAUUCUCGUCUUCAAUUCCUGGCACUGGUGGCUUCACAAAGGAGUAGAAUUACAAGGGUGGGAUUAUAUAAGAAAUGGGUCUUCAUUGAUUAGAGAUAUGGACCGUCUUGAUGCUUUCAACAAAGGGCUCACCACUUGGGCUCAAUGGGUUGAUCAAAAUGUUAAUAUUUCGCAAACCCGAGUUUUCUUCCAAGGCAUUUCUCCUACUCACUACGUGGGAAAGGAAUGGAAUGAGCCAAGGAAUAAUUGCAACGGGCAGAUGCAACCGUUGAGCGGAUCAACAUAUCCAGGUGGUUCACUUCCUGCAGCAAGCAUCGUGUCCCGAGUGUUAAGCUCGAUGAAAAAACCCGUUUACUUACUUGAUAUCACAACUCUGUCUCAACUAAGAAAAGAUGCUCAUCCAUCUACAUAUGGAGCCGCUGGAGGAAGCGAUUGCAGCCACUGGUGCCUUCCUGGCUUGCCGGAUACUUGGAACCAGCUUCUCUACGCAGCUCUCUCGAUGUGAAGAACUUGAGUCCAUACACACUUGCAUUUAUAUUACAUUCUUGGAAGUCUAAAUGAAAAAGUUUCCAAAUACUCACGGAUGGACCAAACAUUGGCAAAGAUUUUGCUUUGACCAAACAACUUUGUGAUUAGAUCAUUUUUAUUUUGUAAUUAAUGCUACUUUAGAUCUGAAACUCUUCAAGA